AUGUACGGCCUUGUAGGACGUAUCCACAAGGACCGCUUCAUAGAGUCAGACUACACCGACAAGGAGGCUCUAAAAUUGGCCAUUGACGGUUAUCGGCGCGGAUUUGAAAGGCACCACAACGAGUACUUGGGUGUCAAUCUGGCUACUCUCUUGGUCAUCGACGGAGCGGACAUGUCCUCGGGCCAGGAGCUGCAGUGUGUCUGUGAGUUAGCCUUCAAUGCAGUAUUUUUCUUUUUACUUGAGUUUAAACACUGCUUAUUUUGCUAA